AUGGCGUCUCUGGCUCUGACCGAUCAAGUCCAUGGACAAGAUAUUUCAUCUGCUCGAUCUUUUCCCUCACGUCCGCCAUCAUACAAUGGCGAAGACUCCCGCGAGAGUUUUAUGCAUGCACUGAGAGCUGAGCAGGAAGCAGCUCUGGCUGCCGAUGCCGAGUCAACACAAUCAAACCGACCCUCGACGACCAAGAAGACUGCAUGGGAAAAGAGCCGUGAAAUGAUUCCCUCGGGCGAAUACCAUUGGGCUCUUGAAAUAGGGGCGAUAAUAAUCAGCAUCUCCUCUCUGGUUGCCAUACUUGUCCUUUUACCCAUCUCUGAGAACCGACCAUUGGCUUCGUGGCCGUUGCCGGUGUCUCUCAACGCUAUCAUCUCGGUUCUUGGGGCUACUUCCCGGGCAUCACUGGCUUUUGCCAUCAGUGCGUGUAUCAGUCAGGGAAAGUGGAAUUGGUUCCGCCAAAGAAACGACAAUAUUAUGGUGUUUGAUCGCUUCGAGGAGGCCAGUCGUGGCCCAUGGGGAAGCCUCCGCCUGCUAUGGUGGACCAAACUUAGACAUUGGAAGGCUGUUGGAGCCCAUUCGGCCGUCGUUCUCGUCGGGUUCGAGCCGUUCCUGCAAGCGGUUAUAACAUUUUCUGGAGAAGAGGUUGAGUUUGUAGGGUCAGAAAACUCCACCAGUAUCGGAAAAACCGUAACUCUGGAUUCUGGAACGUUCACGGAGAUUUCAGAGAGUCCCGUAUUUGUAGAGCCCCUGCCAGAGCCAUGGGGACAAUUCGGCGGAGCUCCAUUUCGGUGGGGUUACGAUUUCGGUGCGCUUGCGGCUGUCUGGGAGGGCUUCUCCGAUAUCAACACGGCAGAGAACCUCAAACCAGAGUUCCGAUGUUCUACAGGCAACUGCACUUGGCCCUCGUAUGCGUCGAUAGCCACUUGCAGCUCCUGCAGAGACGUAUCGAGCCACAUCACCACGUCCAGCGGCAUUGCGGAUGUCACUGACGGCACGCUCAUUACCGUUUAUCAUGACAAUCAUUCGAACAUGCAGAUCGUAAAUCUGACAUUCGACUGUACUCGGCAUGAGUUGAAGAGUCAGAAUUUGUCAAUAUCGAAUUUCAACGGGCUCGCUACGAAAGAGCACACCAACGCGCAGUCACCGACUGGGAAAAACAGCGCGUACUUGACUGCGAGAGCAAUAAACAAUCCUGGGCGAACUAUCGCGUUCCAGGAUUCCAAGACUCUGAUCACAGCCAUUUCCAUGCUUAAAGCAAGCCAAAAUUACCGCAACAGGGAACAAAAUUGGGAGGACAGUACCGUCACGGCGGAGGAGUGCGCCUUAUAUUUCUGUACUAACGUGUACCGAUCCGCCAUCGAGCAGGGCAGGCUGAACGAAACAAUCUUGGGCUCAUAUACGUUCCGAGACAUGGACUCUUACGCCAUCGUCAACCAACCUGAUGAAAAGUCGAAAGUCUACGAUAAGUAUGUUAACUACACUCUGCUAUCCCCCUUUCCACGUUCCGACCUUUACCUCGUGCUACCUGAAGAGGAGUUCUCUUCCGAAACUGGAAUUAGCGUGCCCAACGACUUACGGUUCCGUAUCACGUUCAACACUACGAGCCUCCUGCGCUGGAUCUCAGGCGCGUUCUCCCGAACCGAUUUAGAAUGGAGCAAACAACUGAACUUCCCGGUAAUACAGUCGGGUGAAACGGAACAACCGUUCGUCAUCAACAGAUUAGGCGCUUCAACCAACCUUACAAAAACCUUUGAAACCGUGGCGGCCAGUCUGACAAAAUGGAUGCGCAACCGCUCGUUGCAGACGGAAUCUUUCGUCGGGGCGAGAAAAGAGUGGGUUGUUCGGAUCCGGGUCAGCUGGUCCUUUCUGAUCCUGCCCAUUGGAUCGCUCCUGGGAGGCUGCAUCUUUUGUCUCAUGUCCAUCUUCGAGACUCGAGGACUCGGGCUACCGGCGUGGCGGGGAAGUUCUCUGGCAACUCUGGCCCAUGGUCUCGGCGUGGAGGCGAGAGCGCUUUUGAGAGAAGCGCGUGAUGGGGAACAGAUCGCAACCUAG